AUGGGCCGCCGGGGACAGCAACGUGGAAGCCCCUUGGCGCCAUGGGAGGCGCGGCGAGGCACGGCGCCGGUGUCGCAGCUGGAGGAUUUGAUGCGGCGCCGGGGCGUGGACGCAGCCUGGGACGCGUUGGAGGACAUGAUGCGUUCCGGCCUUCCCUCGGACCGCUUCACCGUCUCGCGGAUGUUGAUGCGGACCCUGGCAGACGGCAGACGGACCUGGGAUCUGGUGAAGAUCAAUCGAUCUAUCGCCCUGGUGGAGCAGUUUGUCCAGCAGCAGCCAGUGGAAGCUGAUGAGGUGCUCUUCAACGCAAUGUUGGACACCCAUUCCCGGACAAAGGACAUCUCCAGGCUCGAGUCGACGUACCAACGUAUGAAGGACUUGGGUGUGGAAGCCUCUCACGUGACCUUGGGAAUCCUCGUCAAGGCUUACGGCCAAGUUUGCGAUAUCAAAAAGGUCCUGCAACUUUGGGACGACAUGAAGGAACAAAGGGAACAGGCCAACGCCGUGACCUAUGGCUGCAUGAUCAACGCCUGCGUCAAGUGCAGCCAGACCGAAUCCCGGCCGUUGGUGGAAAAAGCGCUGCAGAUCUUCCGUGACAUGCAGAAGAGACACAAGCAGUGCAACACCAUCCUCUACACCACGCUGAUCAAGGGCUAUGGGAACGAAAAGGACCUCAGCACCGCGAUCAUGUUGUUUCGGGAGAUGAGAAACGAAGGCGUUCCUUACAACACCAUCGCCUACAACUCCAUCAUCGACGUGUGUAUCAAGUGCGGUGACGUCGGAAAGGCGGAAGACUUCUUCCAGGACGAAACGCGAGUAUGUAUUGAGGUACAGCCGGACCUCAUCACCUACUCCACCUUGUUGAAAGGCUACUGCCAAGUGGGUGAUUUGGACAAAGCUCUCCAUGUUGCAGCCACCAUCAAGGCAUGUGGUAUGCAAUGCGAUGAAUUGGUCUACAACACACUGAUGGACGGCUGCGUGAAAGCGAAUGAUCUCUCCGCGGGCGUGGGGCUCUUCGCCGAAAUGGCCAACGCGGGGAUGAAACCCUCCUCCAUCACGCAUAGUAUUUUCUUACGGCUCUACCAGCGGAAUGGCUACAAAGGUAACGCCCUAGACGCAGUGGCGCAGCUUUACCAACACCACGGUCUUGAGAAGCCCUCCGGCACGGUGGAGAAGGCCUCGCGCGCGGCGGCCAGGCGAGAGAACCGCGCCAAGGGAGGAGCGAAGCCUCGUAGCACCGGCCGCGCCCGUGGCAACGCCAAGUCGCCGCCGACGCCGCAGCCGCAGCCGCAGGGGCCGCAGGGGCCGCAGGGGCCGGGGCCAGCAGCACCAGGCGCACAGGCUCCAGUGAUGAUGGGCGCGCCCAACGGUCCCAACGGUCCGGUUGCUGGACCUUGUGGCUCCUGUGGGUCGUUUGGUGCCAUGAUGGGGCCGGCCAAUGGACAGAUGCAGCCCGUCCCUGUGGGUCCCUGGCAGCCAGUGACCUGGGGCCAGCCGCGCGGCGUGAUGUCUCAAGGGCCCGCGGCCUUUAUCGAUGCCUCGCAACGGAUGCCGCAACAAGGAUAUAUGAUGCCCAUGGUGGGAGCUCAGGGAAUUCCCAGUCGCCCCGCCACCUUUGCCGGGAUGGCGCUGGAUGACUUGUAUCAUCGACAGAACGAUCGCUCCCAAGAGACGAUCGGCUUCGUCAGUCCGGAGCGUGGACCUCAACGAGGCGAGCCCAUUUCGCCCAACCAAUUCAGAGAAUGGGGCGGACAAGAAGACUUCCUGUCCCAUUUGAUGCGAUGACCCGAUGACCGCGGGAGCGAGUCUGACAGUCAGACCCCCGGUGUCUCAUAAUGCGUUCAACGUAGGGAGCGACCAUGGUCAAGAUAGAAAACUGCCCUGCCC